CGUUUUCUUGCUUGGGGAGAAAGUGGGCAGCGAAACAGAGCGUCCGAAACCCAGCCCCUGCGGACCGCAACCUUUGGGAAAAGGGCGCAAGGUGGACACGCAGGGCCGCACGUGGGAACCGUUCGCAGCCCCUGCAGCCCCUGCCCGCGCAGCUGCAGGAGGAGGCGGCCCGGGACUCCAGCCUGCAGCCCCUAUCCCGCAUCCUCCCAUGCUCCGGUCAGGGCGCGGCGCUACCUGCUGCAGCUUCUCCCCUCCGGGGAGGCGCGGGAUCCUCCCCACACCCUCGCGGCCCAGCCCCGGGUCCCAGGCUCCGGUUCCGCGUCAGCAUCCUGGCGCUCAAGGCUUUCAUGCCGGACUCCUGCGGACUACACAUCCCGGCGGCCCACGCGGCCCCGUCACGUGACGCAAGGCUCGCCGGCCUUUCCUCCAGAGGGCUGCCCAGAACUACAACUCCCAGCAAGCCCCGCGGCGGCCCUCCGCGCGGCGCCGUUGCCGGAAGUACGGGUCGCGCUUCCGGCAGCGUCCAGGGGCCAAGGAGGUGCGCCUUGCCCCGCGUCCGGGCGGCCCGGCGCGCGGUGGCGCGUCGAGGGAGGCGUUUUCUGGUGCGUCCUGGCCCACCAUGGCCAAACCAACAAGCAAAGAUUCAGGCUUGAAGGAGAAGUUUAGGAUUCUGUUUGGACUGGGAACACCGAGGCCAAAUCCCAGGUCUGCAGAGGGCAAACAGACGGAAUUUAUCAUCACCGCGGAAAUCCUGAGAGAACUGAGUGUGGAAUGUGGCCUCAAUAAUCGCAUCCGGAUGAUAGGGCAGAUUUGUGAAGUCGCAAAAACCAAGAAAUUUGAAGAGCAUGCAGUGGAAGCGCUCUGGAAGGCGGUCGCGGAUCUGUUGCAGCCAGAACGGCCGCUGGAGGCCCGGCACGCGGUGCUGGCUCUGCUGAAGGCCAUCGUUCAGGGGCAGGGCGAGCGUUUGGGGGUCCUCAGAGCCCUCUUCUUUAAGGUCAUCAAGGAUUACCCUUCCAACGAAGACCUCCACGAAAGGCUGGAUGUUUUCAAGGCCCUCACAGACAAUGGGAGACACAUCACCUACUUGGAGGAAGAGCUAGCGGACUUUGUCCUGCAGUGGAUGGAUGUCGGCCUGUCCUCGGAAUUCCUCCUGGUGCUGGUGAACUUGGUCAAGUUCAACAGCUGUUACCUCGAUGAGUACAUCGCAAGGAUGGUUCAGAUGAUCUGCCUGCUCUGCGUCCGGACCGCGUCCUCUGUGGACAUAGAGGUCUCCCUGCAGGUGCUGGACGCCGUGGUCUGCUACAACUGCCUGCCGGCUGAGAGCCUCCCGCUGUUCAUCGUCACCCUCUGCCGCACCAUCAACGUCAAGGAGCUCUGCGAGCCUUGCUGGAAGCUGAUGCGGAACCUCCUUGGCACCCACCUGGGCCACAGCGCCAUCUACAACAUGUGCCACCUCAUGGAGGACAGAGCCUACAUGGAGGACGCGCCCCUGCUGAGAGGAGCCGUGUUUUUUGUGGGCAUGGCUCUCUGGGGAGCCCAUCGGCUCUAUUCUCUCAGGAACUCGCCGACAUCGGUGCUGCCAUCAUUUUACCAGGCCAUGGCAUGUCCGAACGAAGUGGUGUCCUAUGAGAUCGUCCUGUCCAUCACCAGGCUCAUCAAGAAGUAUAGGAAGGAGCUCCAGGUGGUGACGUGGGACAUUCUGCUGAACAUCAUCGAACGGCUCCUUCAGCAGCUCCAGACCUUGGACAGCCCGGAGCUCAAGACCAUCGUCCAUGACCUGCUGACCACGGUGGAGGAGCUGUGUGACCAGAAUGAGUUCCACGGGUCUCAGGAGAGAUACUUUGAACUGGUGGAGAGAUGUGCAGACCAGAGGCCUGAGUCCUCCCUCCUGAACCUGAUCUCCUAUAGAGCACAGUCCAUUCACCCGGCCAAGGACGGCUGGAUUCAGAACCUGCAGGCGCUGAUGGAGAGAUUCUUCAGGAGCGAGUCCCGAGGUGCCGUACGCAUCAAGGUGCUGGAUGUGCUGUCCUUUGUGCUGCUCAUCAACAGGCAGUUCUACGAGGAGGAGCUGAUUAACUCAGUGGUCAUCGCUCAGCUCUCCCACAUCCCCGAGGAUAAAGACCACCAGGUCCGAAAGCUGGCCACCCAGUUGCUGGUGGACCUGGCAGAGGGCUGCCACACACACCACUUCAACAGCCUGCUGGACAUCAUCGAGAAGGUGAUGGCCCGCUCCCUCUCCCCACCCCCGGAGCUGGAAGAAAGGGAUGUGGCCGCGUACUCAGCCUCCUUGGAGGAUGUGAAGACAGCUGUCCUGGGGCUUCUGGUCAUCCUUCAGACCAAGCUGUACACCCUGCCUGCGAGCCAUGCUACGCGCGUUUAUGAGAUGCUGGUCAGCCACAUUCAGCUCCACUACAAGCACAGCUACACCCUGCCAAUCGCCAGCAGCAUCCGGCUGCAGGCCUUUGACUUCCUGUUGCUGCUGCGGGCCGACUCACUGCACCGCCUCGGCCUGCCCAACAAGGAUGGGGUCGUGCGGUUCAGCCCCUACUGCGUCUGCGACUACAUGGAGCCAGAGAGAGGCUCUGAGAAGAAGGCCAGCGGCCCCCUUUCUCCUCCCACAGGGCCACCUGGCCCGGCGCCUGCAGGCCCGGCCGUGCGGCUGGGCUCCCUGCCCUACUCCCUGCUCUUCCGCGUCCUGCUGCAGUGCUUGAAGCAGGAGUCUGACUGGAAGGUGCUGAAGCUGGUUCUGGGCAGGCUGCCUGAGUCCCUGCGCUACAAAGUACUCAUCUUUACCUCCCCUUGCAAUGUGGACCAGCUGUGCUCUGCUCUCUGCUCCAUGCUUUCAGGCCCAAAGACACUGGAGCGGCUCCGAGGCGCCCCGGAAGGCUUCUCCAGAACUGACCUGCACCUGGCUGUGGUUCCAGUGCUGACAGCAUUAAUCUCUUACCAUAACUACCUGGACAAAACCAAACAGCGCGAGAUGGUCUACUGCCUGGAGCAGGGCCUCAUCCACCGCUGUGCCAGCCAGUGCGUCGUAGCCUUGUCCAUCUGCAGCGUGGAGAUGCCUGACAUCAUGAUCAAGGCGCUGCCCGUCCUGGUGGUGAAGCUCACGCACAUCUCGGCCACAGCCAGCAUGGCCGUCCCACUGCUGGAGUUCCUGUCCACUCUGGCCAGGCUGCCGCAGCUCUACAGGAACUUUGCCGCGGAGCAGUAUGCCAGUGUGUUCGCCAUCUCGCUGCCGUACACCAACCCCUCCAAGUUUAAUCAGUACAUCGUGUGUCUGGCCCAUCACGUCAUAGCCAUGUGGUUUAUCAGGUGCCGCCUGCCCUUCCGGAAGGAUUUUGUCCCUUUCAUCACUAAGGGCCUGCGGUCCAAUGUCCUCUUGUCUUUUGAUGACACCCCCGAGAAGGACAGCUUCAGGGCCCGGAGUACUAGUCUCAACGAGAGGCCCAAGAGUCUGAGGAUAGCCAGACCCCCCAAACAAGGCUUGAAUAACUCUCCACCCGUGAAAGAAUUCAAGGAGAGCUCUGCAGCCGAGGCCUUCCGGUGCCGCAGCAUCAGUGUGUCUGAACAUGUGGUCCGCAGCAGGAUCCAGACGUCCCUCACCAGUGCCAGCCUGGGGUCUGCAGACGAGAACUCCAUGGCCCAGGCUGACGAUAGCCUGAAAAACCUCCACCUGGAGCUCACGGAGACCUGUCUGGACAUGAUGGCUCGAUACGUCUUCUCCAACUUCACAGCUGUCCCCAAGAGGUCUCCUGUGGGCGAGUUCCUCCUGGCGGGUGGCAGGACCAAAACCUGGCUGGUUGGGAACAAGCUUGUCACCGUGACGACGAGUGUGGGAACAGGGACCCGGUCGUUACUAGGCCUGGACUCGGGGGAGCUGCAGUCCGGCCCAGAGUCGAGCUCCAGCCCUGGCAUGAAUGUGAGACAGACGAAGGAGGCGCCGGCCAAGCUGGAGUCCCAGGCUGGGCAGCAGGUGUCCCGUGGGGCCCGGGACCGGGUCCGUUCUAUGUCAGGGGGCCAUGGUCUUCGAGUUGGCGCCCUGGAUGUGCCAGCCUCCCAGUUCCCGGGCAGUGCCACUUCUCCAGGACCACAGACUGCACCAGCCGCGAAGCCUGAGAAAGUCUCAGCCGGCACCCGGCUUCCUAUGCAGGAGAAGACGAACCUGGCAGCCUACGUGCCCCUGCUGACCCAGGGCUGGGCGGAGAUCCUGGUCCGGAGGCCCACAGGGAACACCAGCUGGCUGAUGAGCCUGGAGAACCCGCUCAGCCCUUUCUCCUCGGACAUCAACAACAUGCCCCUGCAGGAGCUGUCCAACGCCCUCAUGGCAGCUGAGCGCUUCAAGGAGCACCGGGACACAGCCCUGUACAAGUCGCUGUCGGUGCCAGCGGCCAGCACGGCCAAACCCCCUCCUCUGCCUCGCUCCAACACAGACUCCGCCGUGGUCAUGGAGGAGGGAAGUCCUGGCGAGGUUCCUGUGCCAGUGGAGCCCCCAGGAUUGGAGGACUUGGAGGCAGCGCUAGGCGUGGACAGGCGCACAGACGCCUACAGCAGGUCGUCCUCAACCUCCAGCCAGGAGGAGAAGUCAUUCCACGCAGAGGAGCUGGUUGCCGGGGGAAUCCCCAUUGAGCGAGCUGUCUCCUCGGAGGGUGGCCGGCCCUCUGUGGACCUCUCCUUCCAGCCCUCGCAGCCCCUCAGCAAGUCCAGCUCCUCUCCCGAGCUGCAGAGCCUGCAGGACAUCCUCGGGGACCCGGGGGACAAGGCCGACGUGGGCCGGCUGAGCCCUGAGGUUAAGGCCCGUUCACAGUCAGGGAUCCUGGACGGGGAAAGUGCUGCCUGGCCAGCCUCGGGCGAAGACAGUCGGGGCCAGCCCGAGGGUCCCUUGCCUUCCAGCUCCCCCCGCUCGCCCAGUGGCCUCCGGCCCCGCGGUUACACCAUCUCCGACUCGGCCCCAUCACGCAGAGGCAGGAGGGUAGAAAGGGAUGCCUUUAAGAGCAGAGCCACCGCUUCCAAUGCAGAGAAAGUGCCAGGCAUCAACCCCAGUUUCGUGUUCCUGCAGCUCUACCAUUCGCCUUUCUUUGGCGACGAGUCAAACAAGCCAAUCCUGCUGCCCAAUGAGUCACAGUCCUUUGAGCGGUCGGUGCAGCUCCUCGACCAGAUCCCAUCAUACGACACCCACAAGAUCGCCGUCCUGUAUGUGGGAGAAGGCCAGAGCAACAGUGAGCUCGCGAUCCUGUCCAACGAGCAUGGCUCCUACAGGUACACGGAGUUCCUGACGGGCUUGGGCCGGCUCAUCGAGCUCAAGGACUGCCAGCCAGACAAGGUGUACCUGGGAGGCCUGGACGUGUGUGGUGAGGACGGCCAGUUCACCUACUGCUGGCACGACGACAUCAUGCAAGCCGUCUUCCACAUCGCCACCCUGAUGCCCACCAAGGACGUGGACAAGCAUCGCUGUGACAAGAAGCGCCACCUGGGCAACGAUUUCGUGUCCAUUGUCUACAAUGACUCUGGCGAGGACUUCAAGCUCGGCACCAUCAAGGGCCAGUUCAACUUCGUCCAUGUGAUCAUCACCCCGCUGGACUAUGAGUGCAACCUGGUGUCCCUGCAGUGCAGGAAAGACAUGGAGGGCCUUGUGGACACCAGCGUGGCCAAGAUCGUGUCUGACCGCAACCUGCCUUUUGUGGCCCGUCAGAUGGCCCUGCAUGCAAACAUGGCCUCACAGGUGCACCACAGCCGCUCCAACCCCACCGACAUCUACCCCUCCAAGUGGAUUGCCAGGCUCCGCCACAUCAAGAGGCUCCGCCAGCGGAUCUGCGAGGAAGCCGCCUACUCCAACCCCAGCCUGCCUCUGGUGCACCCCCCGUCCCAUCCCAAAGGCCCUGCACAGACUCCGGCCGAGCCCACGUCUGCCUACGAGAUGGGCCAACGGAAGCGCCUCAUCUCCUCCGUGGAGGACUUCACCGAGUUCGUGUGAGGCUGGGGCCCUCCCUGGACAGUAUGUUGUGUCAGUGAAAUAAAGUCCUGGCCCUGGUGCACAGACAGAGGCACAGGUUGCAGUCA